AUUUAUUUUCAAACAAUAAUUGUUUUUGCUUUUUGUAAUUUAAUGUAGUACUUACUACCUAGUUCCUAUGUAGUUACUUGUCUACUAACCGCUUACAAAUGUUCUAGUUUUUACGAUUUACGUUUUGUUAAUUGCUAGUACCGAUGCCAAAAUUUAUUUCAAACGUUUCACGGCCUUUGUAAAAUGUUCACGAAAAAAAGGGAACUGUGUUGUAGAUUUUGCUUUACAGACCUUUGGCUCGAGCAUACUUUCAUCAAGUGCGCGACCUCUGCCUGUGUCGAGUUAGGAAUUUGUCUAUGCCUUCAAUGUUUUGCAGCCGGUACCGGUGAUAAUAUUCAUAAGAACACCGAUCCUUAUCAAGUGCUGUGUAACGCUAUCGACAUUGGCGACCACUUGUGGGCAGCUAAUGAAGAAAUCAUAUUACUUGAUACAUUCAUGGAUACCAUGUCAUGGGAAAAAGUUGCUAGAAAACUAGAUAGAUCACCUAAAGAAUGUGAAUACCAUUACUUUGAAAAUUAUGUAUUUUAUCCAAAAAUUAAAGGUUUAAAAGAUGUAAACAAAAAUGCAUUUAGAUUUGAUAAAUUUGAUAAAUUUAAUAAAAAUGAGACCAAAUUAAUUGGUGAUGCAUUGGAUUCAGAAGAAACAUAUCAUCAAUAUGAAUUAGCUAUUCGUUUAGCCGGUUAUCAACCUGUGCGCGGAUCAUUUGAAGAAGAAUAUGAUAAUCAAGCUGAAUGUAUUUUACAAUUAUUAAAUGAACCAAUAUGGAUUGACCAGACAUCUAAAACUAUUUUAGAAUCAAAUUUAUUAUACCAACGGCUGAAUACAACCAUUUUAGACAUUUUUAAUGAGAGACUGCAUGAACGAUAUAGAAGAAGACAAAUUGUUAAAGACUAUGGACUUAUUGCAUUUAAUAAACACCAAUUAUGGAUAAAGUCUAUGGAGAUUAUAUUGGGUCCAGAAAUGAUGCAAAGAUUAAUUCGUUAUUUACACCUUAUAAAACCAUUGGCUUUUGAUUUACUUAUUACUAAUCUUAAACAAGAACAUGAAUUGUUAGCUAAAAUUCAUAAGCUUAUUGAUUAUCGUAAAAAUGGCAUAACUAAAAUGGCUCAAAUCAAUAUUUAUAAAGAAUUAAGUACCAAAAGAGAAGAAUAUUUAAAAAUAAGGCCAUUAGGAUCAUCAACAUCAAGAAUUAUUGAAAACUCAAAACCUCGUAUGAAUGUUUGUAAUCUUCCAGGUUUUCAAAAACUUGAUAAUGAUGAGAGAGAACUUUGUGCACAAAUUAAAAUGUUACCAGAAUCAUAUUUGAAAUUUAAGGAAUUACUUAUUAACGAAUGUGAAAAAUCAAAAGGUAUAAUUUUAAAGACUGCAAGAAGUUUGGUUAAAAUUGAUGUUAACAAAACAAGGAAAAUUUAUAACUUACUGAUGAGUAAAAAUAUAAUAUGGCAACAUUGCCAAGACUGAUUAUAUUAUAUAUAAACUUAAAAAAAAAUAUUUAUUUUUUAUAUUUCAUAUAUUAUUGUUAUGUUUGA